CUUAAAAAAAAAAAAAAUUAGAGAAAAGGAACACUGUUCUGUCCCUCUGGUGUUGUUGUUAGGAAGGUUUUUCUAUCUCCGAAAAAAUGAAAGCUCCUUCCACUCUUUUCCUCAAAACCCAUUUUCCUUCUUCAAUUUCACUCCUUACAAACCCCAAAGGAAAGCUUAAUGCUAAAUUGCUUCCACACUUAUGCUUCUGUAAGAGUAUUCAAACUAGUUCUUAUGAAGUUGCUAAAGGAAGUUACGUUCCCACUCCUACUUUGGAGCAGAUAAAAGAGAAUAAUAUGAUGGAAAAGCCAUCUAGAACAUUUGAAUCUGUUGGAGCAUUUCAAAAGUUGCCUAUAGUGAUGCCAUCUGUUGACAUUCUGGGGUCAGCACUGAAAAAGGCGAGAAGGAUAUCUGCAACAAAAGGAAUUGUCAAUAUUGCAAAAAGAGAGAAAAACAAAGGUGCAAAACAACUUGACGCGUUGAUGAAAGAACUUGCUGUUCCAUUGAGGACGUAUGUGGAGAAUUUUCCUAACAAAACACACCUUCAUCCUUAUGAAAGGUCUCUUAUUGAGCUGACGCUUGGAGAUGGGUACUAUGAAAAGGUGCUAGGGCAGGUAGAUGGUUUGAGGAAGAGGGUAGUAUCUGUUGGAAAGGAACAUGCUUCACUUUGUGCUAAGUCUUUGACAAAGCGAGAAGCAGAGGAAAGAUUGACCGAGGGUCUUAAAAUAAUUGAAGAGAGUUUUGGUCAAGAACGGAAAGUUGUUGACGAUUUGUUAAAUAUAGCGAAGACUCUGAGGGCAAUGCCUGUAAUAAAUUUGGAAACACCGACUCUCUGCCUUGUUGGUGCCCCUAAUGUAGGCAAAUCUUCUUUGGUCCAUGUACUCUCUACUGGCAAGCCUGAGAUUUGUAACUAUCCCUUCACAACAAGAGGAAUUCUUAUGGGUCAUAUUGUUUUUAACCAUCAGAAGUUUCAGGUAACAGAUACCCCAGGCCUGCUGAAGAGACAUGACGAUGACAGAAAUAAUUUGGAAAAGUUGACACUUGCUGUCCUUUCAUAUCUACCAACAGCAGUUUUGUAUGUUCAUGACCUUUCAGGGGAAUGUGGGACCUCACCUUCUGAUCAGUAUUCAAUAUACAAAGAAAUCAAAGAAAGGUUUGAUGGACAUUUAUGGCUUGAUGUUGUCUCCAAAGCUGAUCUGUUGAGGACGUCUCCUGUGAUAUAUGCAACAGAAGAUCGUGAUCUCACACAGCAUGAGCUGGAGAAGUACCGUAAAUCAGGUCCCGAUGGAGCUAUUAAUGUGUCUGUAACAACAGAGGAAGGAAUACAUGAGCUGAAGCACAGAGUGAAUGAGCUUCUCAAUUUACAGAUGACAAAGAUCAAAGAUGCAAGCAACAACCAGGAGAACUAGAGAAGUAAAAGUUGCCACUCCAAAAUUUAUGAAGAAAUUUUCCUGUCAAAUUGGGAGGUUGAAAUCUUCAUUUGUAAAAUAAGUUAAACAAGGUCACUAUGGCAGCCUCCAAACCGGAAAACUAACAAAAGUGAUUUCAAGCCUCAUUAAUGUCAGCAAGGAAACAGGCAUUGUAAAGUAAGUAAACUGAGGAGUGACACUCUGAAACUUGCAGAAAGUUGAUUGUUACAGAAAAGUAUUUUGAGGGGAUCUUUGGUUGUUUCAACCAUAUUGGACCAUCUUUAAGAAACAAGAAAUGCUUGUUUCUUGACUGCCUUUCAAGUCCAUCUGGUUGUAAUCUUGAUGUAUCUUAAAUCCAUUGUUAGGUGUCAUCAUUAAUUUAUUUUUUAAACAACAAA